AUGGAGGCUGCACACUGGCUUCAGGUUCCACGGCGACACGCACCCGCCAAGGUAGUCGACAUCCUAGUCAACACUGGCGACCAAAUCCAAAGAGACACACCGAUUCUGACGUACGAGUACAGAGAAAAAUACAUUGUGGACGCUGAAGGGUUUAUCAAAAAGCGCGAGUAUCUGCGGUCGCCGUUCGAGGGCAAAGUGACUCAGAUAAAGUGCGUUAUCGGCGACGUGGCCGAGCCCAACCUUGCGCUUGUGCAGAUCACUGUGCCGUGUAGCCAUGCGGCGGUUUUCAAUGGGCUGUGCGGGAUGUGCGGCAAGGACGUCAGCGGUAUUGAUACCAGCGGUAUGCCCGAGUCGCGUGCCAACAUUGAUAUGUUCCACGACGCGAACGGGCUCAAGGUCAGCUACGAGAUGGCAGCGUCUAUCGAGGCAGAUGUGCGUGACGCUCUGUGGGACCAGAAAAAGCUGUCGCUGAUUAUUGAUCUGGAUCAGACCAUCAUCCACGCCGACGCCACCGCCGAUCCCAAAUUCCAAGAGCGCCUGCUUGAAAACUACAAGGGCCCACCGGGCGAACCCGCCCCUAGCGGCGACGGGCCGCGCGGCCUCCCCUCAGACAUUGGCGCGUUCUAUCUCCCCGAGGAUCCCCGACAGUACUACGUCAAAAUGCGACCCGGCCUGCGUGACUUCCUCGAGCGCGUCUCCAAACUAUAUGAGAUGCACAUAUACACGAUGGGCACACGGUCGUAUGCCAACGCCGUAGCUCACCUAAUCGACCCUGAGCAGCGCUACUUCAACGGCCGCAUUCUGUCGCGUGACGAGAGCGGGUCAAUGACUAAGAAGACGCUUAAGCGCCUGUUCCCCGUGGACACCAGCAUGGUGGUGAUUCUCGAUGAUCGGGGGGAUGUCUGGGAGUGGUCGCCCAACCUCAUCUGCGUCUACGCGUACGAGUUCUUUGGCGGCGUUGGCGAUAUUAACGCUGGGCUUUUGGCGCCAAAGCAAGUUGUCGGCCCACAGCCAACGGCAGAUGCGGAUGCGGAUGGCGAUGCCGAGAAACUUUCAGCAAAUUCUGCCGAGGCGUUGUUGGCUAGCUUGCCGGAUAGCACGGGGAACCACCCGGCCGAGUCAGGCACAGCAGUGGUAAAAGCCACCGCAACGGGAAUUAAUAAACAGUCUGCUGGCUUGCCGACCGCAAAGUACCCGAAGAUGGCAGACAAGGACCGCGAGCUCUUCACGCUGCAGAACGUGUUGACCCACUUGCACAAAAGCUACUAUGAUGUGCUCGACCCGUCCCACCAGCCACCCUUGCCCGAUAUUGCUGAGAUCCUGUCCAGCAAGAAGCGCCGUGUCUUUGAAGGCCUCACUAUUCUGUUUACGGCGGCGAUUCCGAUAAACCACGGCGGCAAACCCCCUCAGAAGAGCGACCUGUGGCUAUGGGCGCAGAGCUUCGGCGCUCGCUGUGAGCUGGAGCUCAGCUCGCGGACCACCCAUGUUGUUGCCGGAAAGCCUGGCACAGAGAAGGUGCAUUUGGCGCGGAGGAUGCAGAAGAAGCAUGGGCCCGGAACGGCGUGCCCGCCCAUUGUGGUUAUGACCAACUGGCUCUUGGACUCGAUCUUCCGCUGGGAGCGGCUAGACGAAACCACCUAUCUG